AUGGCGCAAAUUUCGGUGUUUGCAGCAAAGUUUAUAUCGCGUACAGCCGUCAUGGACGAGAGAGCCGCCAGUCAGCACAAGCCAAUAAAGGUGGCGGUGGCGGUGGACGGCAGCGAGAACAGCAUCGAGGCGCUGCGAGCCGCCAUCCGCAUGUUCGGCCCCACGGCCAAGGAGAUCCACAUCGUGCACGCGCGCCGCCCCUUCGACCAUGAUUUCGACGUGGAGAAUACCCCCCUAUGGCAGCAGCCCUUUCAGCGGAUGGAGCGCCAAUCGCGCGCCGACUCGCGCGAGCUUCUCGGCAUCUGCUGCCAGAUGGCCGCGCAAGAGACGCAGCGCGUGCGCCCCGCGCGCGACGGGCCCGCGGACAACGGCGUGUGGGGCGCGGGCGAAGGCGGCGCCAGUUGCGGCAGCACAAAUAGCAGUCCUGGGAGCAGUCCGGGGCACAGCGCGGAAAGCAGUCCGACCAGCCAUGGGGGGCGCGGGGUGGUUGUGGAAGCGGCAAGUAUGGGGGUAGGCGGGUUAGAGGUGAAAGGCGUGGAGUUAAGAGGCGACCCGCGCGACGUGAUUAGCAAUUAUUCGAAAUACGUGGGCGCGGAUAUGCUGGUCAUGGGCUCGCGGGGGAAUAGCAUGCUGAAAAGGUUCCCUAUGGGCAGUGUGAGCAACUACUGCAUGCGUAACGCUGCGUGCCCUGUGCUCAUAGGAGAGGAUCGGCACCAAAGCUGGAGAUCCAACAACUUUGCUAGAUGUUUAGUGUAG